UUCCACUACCUGCAUCUGAAGAAGUGAGUAUUCGCCCACGAAAGCUCAUGCUCCUAUACGUCUGUUAGUCUAUAAGGUGCCACAGGACUCUUUGCUAAAAUUACAUCUAUUAUUUGUAUUAGAAAUGGAUCUGAUUAGCUCGAGAACACCAGAAAUUUGGCAAAGUUCCAGCCCCAAUCAAACUAACAUUGUGACUCUGAUCUAUUUCUCACUCACAUCAGAUCCUGUUUUGAAAUGUUUAAAAAUAAUUUCUAACUAUGAUGGUUGAAGGAAAGUAUAAUGGCAUAUUUUGGGCAUAAUUCUGCCAAUACUGUUGGCCUCUAUAAAGUUUUUGUGGGCAUGGAAUGAGGGAUUAUAUGAUCGGCUCUUUUAUUUAGAAAUGCUUGUAUCUCUUCAGUGACUUGACUUACUUAAUUCUGUUUAUGACAGCAUGGGGAAAUAUUUGUUUAAAGUCUAAUCUGUACAAAUGUAGGAGUUCAAUAUAUUAUAUAUGUCUCUCCUAUCUCCUUAUAUUUUCUCCUUUCCAGAACUGAAGGGUCCCAGGCUCCAGCGAACACAUUCAGGACAGAUCAGCAAGGAGGCAGGCAGCUGCAGGAAGGGUGGAGGCCAGCUUCACUCUGGGAUAGACACAUUGCUGAGCAAAGUGAAUGUGAAAUUUAUUUUCCUCUUUCUCGUAGGUGCCGGGGCCGCAAGAAGCCGGGUAAAAGAUCUCCAAGAGACUGUUAUCUGUUCAAUUUGCCUGGCUUAUUUUAACGAUCCGGUGAUUCUCGAGUGUGGGCACAAUUUCUGCCGAUCCUGCAUCGUUCGGCACUGCAAGGAGUCCAAAGUCUCCCCCCGGUAUCCCUGCCCUCAGUGCAGAGAACUGUUCGGGGAAGGGGAAUUCCAGCCCAACCGGCAGCUGAGGAAUGUAGUUGAAAUAGCCAAAAAAUUCCCAGAGCCGAGGGGGAAGAAAGUGUGUGAAAAACAUGAGGAACUUUUGAAACUCUUCUGUGAAGUGGAUCAAACCCCCAUCUGUGUGGUGUGCAGACGGUCCCCCGCUCACAAAGACCACGCCGUGCUUCCUAUUGAGGAGGCUGCCCUGGAUUACAAGCUCCAACCGAUGCUUCAUCAUGUCCGUUUGCUCCCCCAUUAGCCUCAGCAUCUCGUCC